GUAAAGCUUUCGAACCGGCCUGGACGUAAAUUUGUGUUAAGCAGGCGGUUGUACUAGAGACUAGUUAAUAUAUACAUAUUUGGAAUUUAGUACAAAGUGAAUAAAACAAACGUAAAGAUGUGGCGUCCAGUAGCUGCGUUACUUAUUUUCGGUUUAAUAGCUUUUGCUACCGGCGCGGAGCAAGAUGUAUUGGAACUUGGUGAUGCUGAUUUCGAGUCGACUUUAAAGCAGCAUGAGACCACAUUGGUUAUGUUCUAUGCGCCUUGGUGCGGCCAUUGCAAGCGCUUGAAGCCUGAAUAUGCAAAGGCUGCUGAGAUAAUCAAGGAUGAUGAUCCGCCAAUCAAAUUGGCCAAGGUUGACUGCACAGAGGCUGGCAAGGAUACUUGCAGCAAGUACUCCGUUAGCGGCUAUCCUACGCUUAAGAUCUUCCGUCACGACGAAGUCUCUCAGGACUACAAUGGUCCACGUGAGGCCAUUGGCAUUGCCAAGUAUAUGCGCGCUCAAGUUGGACCAGCCUCCAAGCAUGUGCGUACCGUUGCUGAGCUUACCAAGUUCCUGGACACCAAGGACACCACCAUCUUUGGUUACUUCAGUGAUCUGGACUCCAAGCUGGCCAAGACUUUCUUGAAGUUUGCUGACAAGAACCGUGAGAAAUAUCGCUUUGGCCACAGCGAUGACAACUCUGUGUUAGAGAAACAGGGCGAAACCGAUAAGAUUGUGCUAAUCCGCGCGCCACAUUUGAGCAACAAAUUCGAGUCGUCAACUGUUAAGUUUGAGGGCAGCUCCGAGUCCGAUCUAACCACCUUCAUCAAGGAGAAUUAUCAUGGUCUCGUUGGUCAUCGCACCCAGGACACUUCUCGCGAUUUCCAAAAUCCUCUGAUCACAGCCUACUACGGUGUUGAUUAUACUAAGAACGCCAAGGGCACCAACUACUGGCGCAAUCGCGUGCUCAAGGUUGCCAAGGAGUUUGCUGGCCAAAUCAGCUUUGCUAUUAGCUCCAAGGAUGAUUUCCAGCAUGAGCUGAACGAGUAUGGCUAUGAUUUCGUUGGUGACAAGCCCGUCAUAUUGGCUCGCGAUGCCAAGAACUUGAAGUUUGCGCUGAAGGAAGAAUUCUCCGUGGAGAAUCUUAAGGAAUUUGUUGAGAAACUAUUGGCUGGUGAAUUGGAGCCUUAUAUUAAGAGCGAGCCCGUGCCAGAGUCAAAUGAUGCGCCCGUUAAGAUUGCUGUCGCCAAGAACUUUGAUGAUGUGGUCAUCAACAAUGGCAAGGAUACGCUGGUCGAAUUCUAUGCACCUUGGUGCGGCCACUGCAAGAAGCUAACUCCCAUCUACGAUGAGCUGGCUGAGAAACUGCAAAGCGAAGAAGUGGCCAUUGUCAAAAUGGAUGCCACUGCUAAUGAUGUGCCACCAGAGUUCAAUGUGCGCGGUUUCCCCACACUCUUCUGGCUGCCCAAGGAUGCCAAGCACAAGCCAGUUAGCUAUAACGCUGGCCGCGAGCUGGAUGACUUCAUCAAGUACAUUGCCAAGGAGGCCACAACAGAACUGAAGGGCUAUGAUCGCAGUGGCAAGCCCAAGAAAACGGAGCUCUAAGUUUAAAUCAAGAACAACAAACUCACAAUUGCAACUACAUCUAAUCUAAAUUAGCGUGUAAACACUGUAGCAUUUUCCAUAUUUUUGUAAAUCGUAUGCAUUCUCAAGUGACAACAAUGGCUACAAACAACAAAUUGUAUUGUAUUUAAUGAUAGUGUGUGUGAUGAAUAUUUCUUGAAAAACAUAAACUCUAUUAAUGCUGUCAAUAAAUUGAAAUUACUUCUCAACACUAAA